AUGGGCGCCAGCUCUCCCGAAUACCAUAUUGUCGGAAAACGAGUGGCCGUUGGGCGGUUGCUACUUGGUACAAUUAUCAGCAAUCUGGAUGAGCUUUUCCCGAUCAACAAAGGAGAAGAGCUUUUGAUUGACGACAAGGACCUGGACCACUUCCACGACCGCAAUUCCGAGAUCUCGAGAGAUGCUGCUCUGGCGGGCAAAGCUGGAAUUGCCGCCAAGGCCCUUGCAUUUUAUCCGGCCGGGGGCGAGGCGGGCGUUGACGCCGAGCGCAGCUCAAAGGACAUCUACAGUAUCCCCGAUGUUUAUACCUGGCAGUUUGAUCCAGAGGAGCGCGACUACCUUGAUGCCAUGGAAUCGGAGAAGGUGCAGAAAUUUCUAGUGAUUAAUAGCUACCGCCCAGUAUACAUAAUAACGGGCUUGAAAUUGAGCCCAGGGAUGUCGGUCGACCUCACAAGGGUUAAAAAGACACAAGGGGGCUUAGAGCUUGGAGUCGAAGUCGGGACAGCCGUUUCGAUUGGUCCAAAGUUGGGGUUUUCCAAGGCCAUAAAUGUUGGUCAGAGAGGAGAGGAGCUGACUGAACGAAUUUUCGCAAUCAGAGUGCGAAGACUGAGAUACAAGAAAAUAGGUGGAGUUCUGGGAUUUGGAGGCUCGCGGAAAUUGAUAAAUCAACAACACAAUGAUGGUGCUGAACUAGUUGGAGUUCAUAGACCUAAGCAGAGUCAAGGUCAAAUGCUGGGCCAUAGUUAUGAAGUAACUGAGGAGGAUGAUACGGAAGAUGAGAUAGGAGAGGAUAGAAGGAUUCAUGAGGAAGAGGUCACCUGGGUUGUCCCCAAGUCUUGA